AUGGCCCCCUCCCUCCCCUUCUUCUUCCUCGUGGCGCCCUCCCUCCGCUUCUUCUUCCCUGGCGGAAGAAUUUUGCAUUCCAAUGAGGCCCUAAACCAGUUUCCUGUGGUAUAUAACAAGCCUAAGGAGGAAAUCCAGAAGAAAACAGGCUAUAUAGUAAGGCGGGGAGAUGGAACAUUUGAUGUUGAUGCAAAUACAUCGAUAGAUCACCUAUCUGAAGAGCUUGGUAUCAAAAUACCAGAGGGGCAUCAGUAUGAGACGGUGUCUGGUUUUGUCUGUGCAUCUUUUGGCUAUAUUCCAGAAGAAGGUGGGAAAAUGCUUGUGAUUCUUGAAAAAGAUUACAGAGAAGAAAACGGUGAAUAUCAGGAGGAAGGUUCUGAUCGCCAAGAUGAUAGAGAAAAAACUCAAGCUUACGAACUUGAGCUGAAAGACACCACUAAAAGCUUCAAUUUUCUUUGUUGA